AUCACGUGGAGAAAGAAUAUCCAAUCCAUUAUUCCAUUCAUCAUUACACAAGGAGGGACGUCAUCCUUCGCCAAGUCAAGUCAAAGAAGAAGGGUCAAACUCUUUGAUUCCCCUUAAACCCCCAGUUUUGCACUUACCUUUUAUGUUCCUAAACGUUGACAAGAAGGGCCAUAUGGUAAUUUCGAUAAAAAGUCAAACUGUAUGACUUCCAAUUCCUAUAAAUAGCUCCAUUGAGGGUUCAUUUCUGUCAUAUCGAUCUCCUUCUUUCUUCACUGCAACAUAUAAGCCUUCCUUUGCUGUCGCUGUAUAUCUUCUUCUUCUUCACCAGUUUACUCAUCCCUUUGCUUUGUUAACUUAGUCAUGAAGACAAUGAGAAAUCAAGAGGUUAUGGGAUUGGACAUGGCGAAAUGUCUGAUGCUACUCUCUUGUAGGUUAGAGACCAAGUUCAAGAAGUGUUCAUCGUCGCCAAACCAUGUCUACGAGUGCAAAACCUGCAACCGCCAAUUCUCAUCGUUCCAAGCUCUUGGUGGCCACAGAGCUAGUCACAAGAAGCCGAGAACGUUACCGGGCGGCGAUGAUGACCUGAAAAGUGAGGCCAAAUUGGCGCAAGGCAAGCCGAAAAAGCACGAGUGCUCCAUAUGUGGGCUGGAGUUUAGUUUGGGGCAAGCUCUUGGGGGUCAUAUGAGAAGGCACAGGAUGAUGAACGCCGGGUUUUCUUCUUCAGCUCCUUCUGCGGUUGUUGUUGCUUCGAAGAUUCCUGUGCUGAUGAGGUCGAAUAGUAAGAGGGUGAUGUGUUUGGACAUGGACUUGAACUUGACGCCUCUGGAAAAUGACCUCAAGGUCUUGUUUGGGAACAUGGCUCCAAAAGUUGAUACUUUGGUUUCUUAAUUCUUUUCAUCCGAUCGCUAUUGUAAUCAUUCUUUUAUUAGGUCUCAGAUUAUUUUCUGUAACAUACCAUUUGAUGUACUAACCGAUUCUUUUUUAAUUAACUUGAUUAUUCUUUUGUACAACUUCUCGAUCGUAUAUCAUAAUUCAUUUAUUUAUCAGUUGUUUACAGGCACUCCUUGUCUCCUUGUUUACCUUAUUCAUUUGAAUCCAGAAACAUGAUCAAUUCAUCAUAAUCACUAUCUAUCAGGCCUUUUGCGCUUUGUAAUUGGCUUUGUCUAUACUGUAUUUGAUGGAGCUAGAACCAAAA